UGGCCCAUUUGCACUCAUGCUUGCAGCCGAGGAGGGAUGUUAAGGUACGGGCCAUCUACCGCCCUCACAUUGCGCGGAGUAGCGGCGUGAUUCGGGUCGCUAUCUGAGUGCCAAUAAGACCAGAACAAAAAAGAAAAAAGAAAAAACUACUUUCGAGAUGUGAAUUAAUCGAGGUUCUUGCUACUCGUUCCCGCCGGCUCGCCUGUCCUAUGCUCUCGACAACGGGAUCUCAAGAGGAAAAUGAUUGUGGCAUAAACUAUUUCUGGAGACGCUUGUCACAGAUACCGCCGCUGAACUGGACGGGGUGGAUGGUUAUUUCCCAAACUGUUCAAGCCUAUGUAUACUGCAUUCAUCUGUUGGAAACGCUGCCUAGUGUCUUCGAGAACAGCGCAAGAGGAAUGCUGGUCCAAGAGCUCAUGCCAUUUACUUUAAGUUGUUGGCCUUUUUUCUUCGGUCACUGCCUCCUCUCACUGUUUUUACUCUCAUGCCAGGGAGAACUCCAGAGGUCAUGCUCACGGACUGUGGCGGAGAAAGUUAGUGAACAGUGCCAGCUGGCAUGCCACUGUCGAAGAUACCCCCCCCUUCCUCCCCCACCGCCUCCACCGCCUCCCCCACGGCUACUGGGCACCACAGUGGAAAAUACUGUGGUGCCCUUGUUGACACCCUGGUGGAUGGAGAUGGACAUCAUAGUGCUUGGAACAGUGGGCUGUGCCUCGGUCGUCUUCCUCCUCUCAGCCAUCAUCAUCUGCUACAAGGCCAUCAAGAGGAAACCACUACGGAAGGAGGAGAACGGGACGAGUCGCGGGGAGUAUGCCAUGAGCAUCCGUAACAAGAAGGCCAUGGGCACGAACAACACUGUGGUAUAGACUGUCUCCUGGUAGACGCAGGAAGUGACAUCGCAAUUACCGUCUCUCACCUUUCCCCUCCUCGAAGUACCACAAUCCCUUUCUCGCCCAGAACGGAACUGGGUCUUACCCGAGGUUUUCGAAUAGGUAAACCUUCCCUCUUUGCUUGGCAUGUUGCUCGGACAGAAGACACCAUUCAGCUUCACGGGGAGCUGUAAAAGAUGGAAGGGGGGAAAAAAAAUCAAGGCAGAAAGGACAAGAGAGAAAAACCCACAAACCCCCUAUGGUGUUGAAAGUGGCACAGCAGGCUGAACAUUAUGCUCUUAGUAACAGCAAGUGUUGCUGACAGGCUGGUUGGCUGCUGGCUGGAGAGGGACUGUCUGCCAGUCUGCUGCAGAUCCAGGCCUCACACACUGUUGACAUCUGCAAUGGAACAACAGACAAUACAGCAGCCCUGCAGUCCCACGGGCGGCCGGACAGGACAAGCCCCAUCACACACAAUAAAUAAAGUGCAUGCAGUUUUUACAGAGAAUGCAACGUUUUUUAUAUUCCAAAUCCACGCACUGUCUAUCUUUUGUUCUCCAUUCUCUCUUUUUUUUUUUUUUUUUGAGACAGACGCUCUGCAAGAGGCAUGAUGUUACUGUCGGUCCUGGCUCUGACACGUGGAUUCAUCUGACUAUGCAAUUUAAAGAAAUCCAUGGGGGAGGAAAAAAAAGGAAAAAAGAGGAGCAGCGACAUUGACAUGGGACGUUCUGGUUGUUGUGACCAUGCCAAACAUGCCACCGAGGAGUUCAAUGUAAUAUACUUAAGUCAUCCAUCGAUUUUAUUUGCUCUAUUUAUUUAUUUAUCUACCUUUGAAUUUAUUUUUCUACUCAGAAGAGAAAAAAAAACUGUCUUGUAAGUUACUCACAUCUUUACAAAUCCUGAACAUCUUGAUGAAUUCAUCUUACUUCUUGAUAGCUCUGUUUUUUUAAGUGAAUAAUUUAUAAAGCAUAUAAUUCAUUUGUGAUGCUCCGAUGCUUUAAGCCUGCUGUCAGUUUGUUGAGACACUGGUGCAGAAAACACGCUUGCUCUGCAAAGAGUUUUUUGCUAUCAGUUGCUUUGUCUCUGGGAGUUUGAUCCGCUUUUCUCUGUUUUCCUGAGACCCUCAGAUGAAGAGUCAUGGGUCUGUAUGAUGUGCUACGUGAAUGUGUGUUUUCCAAACAUUAGUUCUGUGCUGCAUCAUUUGUCAGCUCCCAUUUGAGAUUCGUCAAUCCCCCCCAAAAUUUAGACCUGCCAUCUCAAGUCAUUUUGUUAAAUCUUGCUGUCUCCAGGUCAGCUGGAUGCCUUCAGUUGUGUUUUGUUUGGGUGAGACAAUCUUCAUUUUUCUAUCUGUCAAGAAGGGCUUAGCCCAUCGCUAUAGAAACAGGGGACAUGAGCCCAGGGCUGACCUUGUGACUGGUGAGAGACAGGAGACUUAGCCAAUAGCCAGAGAUCAGGUUGCACAGAGGAUGGCCUCAGCAGGGAUGUGUGUGACUCAGUGCUGUCACAGGCAUCCUCCACGUCCCCGCUGGAAAAACACAACUGAGCUGAACUGGAGCAUCACUCAACUCUGCUCUGCUUCUUCUUCUUUUUUUUCUUUUUUUUUAAUAUUUUAAAAUUAAAUCUGCGUGUGUCUGCGUGUGUAUGUGUGCGUGCGUGUGCGAGUGUAUGUGCGUGCGUCUGUCUGUGAGUGUGCAUGCUGAUGAGUGUACUCUGCGAGAGUGGGCUGUACUCUGUGGCUGUCAGUAAAGUAUAGAUAUUGGCUACGAAACUGUGGAAAAUUUGGAAAAACACAUGCUUGCAUCUAAACAUGCACACAGAUUAUUAGCUAACAGUAUACCCCACCAUGUACCUAUAUGAGAGAAAUGAUGGAUGCAUGAAUGUAAAUAUUGAUAUUUAAAUAUCUGCCUUCUGGACUGUUAAUUAAUGUACAGUGUAACAGAACAUAAUGUUUAUACAUAGUAAAACUUAAACAAUGUGCUACCAUUUAGAAAUUAUGUCAAUGUUGUCAUGUUGAUGGAGCAAGCCAUUAAUGUAUAUAUGGCAAUCAAUAGUACAUACACAAUUUAUGCA